AAUAGGACAGCGGUCUAUGACGGAGCAAGCGAAGCAAGCCACACAGAGCACCACCAGUCCAGAGGCCGGCGCCGCCCAGAACCCCCGCCUCCCCCACCACACCAUGGCCUCCUUCUUCGCCGACGAGCUCCCUCGCACUGCCUCCCACCCCUUCGAUGCCGACGACUACGAUCCCGCCGCGGCCGGCGGCGACGACGCCGGGGGGUACAGCGGCUACGCCUCCUUCGCCGACGGGGCCGUCGAGGAGGUGGAGGAGGAGAUCGCUGUCGAGGGCGACGGGGUCCCGAUCCGCCACGUCUCCGGAGGGUACUCGCCCUCGCCGUUCUCCCCCGAGUUCGAGUCCAACGGCGACGACGGCCCUAUCCUGCCGCCGCCGACCGAGAUGGGGCGGGAGGAGGGGAUCCUCCUCCGCGAGUGGCGGAGGAAAAAUGCUUUAGUUCUUGAGGAAAAGGAACGGAAGGAGAAGGAGCUACGUGCCCAAAUAAUUGCUGAAGCUGAAGAAUUUAAGAUAGCUUUCUAUGAGAAGAGGAUACAGAACUGUGAGACGAAUAAGGUCCACAACAGAGAGAGGGAGAAGAUUUUCAUAGCCGGCCAGGAGAACUUCCAUUCUAACGCAGACAAGCAGUACUGGAAAUCGAUUUCGGAGCUCAUCCCACAUGAAAUAGCCACUAUUGAGAGGCGGGGAAAGAAAGAUAAGGACAAGAAGCCAUCCAUCACAGUUAUUCAGGGCCCUAAGCCUGGCAAGCCCACCGACCUGUCUCGGAUGCGCCAGAUCUUAGUGAAGCUGAAGCAUGCUCCACCGCCACACAUGUUGCAACCUCCACCAGCGCCUGCUGCUAAAGAAGGUGCAAAGGACGGUGCCAAAGAAGGCGCUGCAGCCCCAGCAAACAGCACGAAGCAGCCUGCAGAGAGCAAAGAAACCCCCGCCAAUGUCCCUGCAGAGGCGGAGAAAGAGCAGCCUGCAGAAUCGGAGUGACUUAAAAGGGUAGCUUUACAGAAACACAGGAACCUUGACUGUGCGUAGAUGGAAACACAUUUUAUUUCUAAUUUGCCAGACUCGCCUAUCCUGUAGUGAUCUUUUGUAGAGAUCUACACCAGGAUGCUUCGUAUCAACCCAGAACAUUCAUAUUUAGUAUCACAACGGCUGUACUCGUUAUUACCGUUUCUCCUUGUCCAAGUAGCUUCACUGGA